UGAAUAUUGAAUAUGUACACUGAAGCCAGUAUGUUCUUGGGAAUAAACCAGUACGCAUCUCAUAGUCAUUUAAUAAAAUAAUAAUUCGUCAAGUCUCAAAUAUCAAGAAACGAUAUUUAUUACAUGGUGUCAGGUGUAGAAAUUAUACCUACAACGAAAUCAAUAACAAAUAUUAUAAUUUCUUCGAAUGGAACAAAAACAGAUGCCGAAAUCCAUCAAGAUGUCCGACGAUGCCGAUGGAAGAGUCGACCACAUGCCAAAUUUGAAACCAAUCAAUGAAUUAAUUAUUUCAUCGAGUGAGAAUAAUGCAUCAAAUUGGAAAGAAUGGUGGGAAAAUUUCGAAAUAUACUCAUUAGCAACAGGAUUGAUCGAUUCCUCAGAAUGCCGAAAAAUUGCUGUCAUGUUGCACUCCAUUGGUUCCAAAGGUAGACAAAUUUUCAACUCAUUCAACAUGAAAAUCUCUGAUACAACUUUAAAUGAUGUUAAAAUUAAAUUCGACAACUAUUUCGAACCUCAAAAAAAUCUCACCAUGUUACGUCAUACUUUUUUCACUAGAACACAAAAAGUGAAUGAAAGUAUAGAUAAUUUCAUAACAGACCUUGAAAAUUUGAGCAUGAAAUGUGAAUUCAAGGAUCUUCGAGAAUCUUUAGUCAGAGAUAUAUUCAUUGCCAACAUGAAUUCUCAUCUUACGAAUAUACGCCAACGUCUACUGCAGGAAGUCGAUAUCUCUCUUCAAAAAGCUGUUGAACUAGCCAAAUCUGUCGUUCUGGCUCAACAAAAUUCAGAGAAAAUCCAGAAGGAGUCCAUAGGAGGAUCAGAACAAGUUCUUUUUAUUAAUAAAAAGAAUUCCAAUUCAUAUGAGAAAUCUAGGCAAUCAAGAUCACAGAGCAUCAGUAAAUCAUCCAGUGGCUACAGGCGUGAGUUCCAAAAUCGAAGAUCAUCUCCCAGUAGCAACAGUGUUUGUGGAAGAUGUGGUCAACAACAUAGAUACAAAUGUCCAGCUUCAAAUGUUAAAUGCAGGAUGUAUUUCAAGGCCUAGGAUGUUUACCUCCAGUCUGCCAUAUCAAGUUACGUCCGGAUGCUAUUCCGCAUGUCGAUCCACCUCGAAAAGUGCCGUUUGCUUUACAUGACAAAUUGCGAAAAGAGUUAGAAAGAAUGGAGAGCAUGGAUGUCAUAUCUAGAGUGUUAAAACCUACGUCUUGGGUUAAUUCUAUCGUCAUUACUGUCAAAAAGUCAGGUCAGUUGAGAAUAUGUCUUGAUCCAAGGAAUCUCAACAAAAAUAUUAUGAGAGAACAUUUUCCUCUGAAAAACUUUGAUGAAGUCAGAUCAAAAUUAAUCAAUGCUGCGUAUUUUUCACAUUUGGAUGCUUUUUCUGGUUUUUGGAUGUUGAAAUUAGAUGAAGAAAGUUCAGAUUUAUGCACGUUUCAGACGCCAUUCGGUAGAUAUAAAUUUAAUCGUUUACCUUUUGGUAUAUGUUCGUCAUCUGAAAAAUUUGUUCAAGUUAUGAAUGAUUUAUUUGGAGAUAUUGAAGGAGUUUUAAUUUUUGUAGAUGAAUUUUUAGUAUAUGGAGAAACUUUGGAGAUUCAUAAUAUACGUCUUAAAAAUGUCCUACAAAGAGCUAGAGAAGUAAAUCUUAAGUUCAAUAAAGAAAAAAGUAAAAUAGCAGUCACUCAAGUACGUUUUUUGGGUCAUAUAUUCAGUAAAGAGGGUAUUAAGGUCGAUGAUGAAAAAAUUGAAGCUAUCAAAAAAUUACCUCCUCCUUCUAACACUAAAGAGCUUCAAAGAUUUUUAGGGAUGAUUAAUUUUCUCGAUCCUUUCAUCAAUAACUUGUCUGAAAGAACAGAAGUACUUCGAAAUCUAUUGAAAUCAAACAGUCAAUGGAUUUGGGAUGAAAAUUGUGAAAUAGCAUUCAUUAAUUUGAAAGAUAUUAUUACCAAGUCCCCAGUACUAACCCACUACGAUCCUAAUUUACCUUUAGUUUUGUCUGUCGACAGUUCACAAUCCGCUAUUGGAGCAGUCAUUAUGCAAAAUAAUCGACCUAUUGCCUACAAUUCAAAAACCCUAACUUCUUCUCAAAGGAACUAUGCUCAAAUUGAGAAAGAAUUAUUUGCCAUACAAUUUGGUUGUGUCAAAUUUCACCAGUAUAUUUUUGGUCAUAAAAUCACAGUACAUACAGAUCAUAAGCCCCUGGUAUAUCUUUUCAAGAAAGCCCUCUUUGAUAUUCCUGCUAGAUUACAAAGAAUGAUGUUAGCUUUGCAAGCUUAUGAGCUGGAUGUCAUUUAUGUACCAGGAAAACAAAUGUAUAUUUCUGAUACUUUGUCAAGGGCAGCUCUAAAAGAAAAUUUUAUUUCAGAUUAUGAAUCUGAUAUUCCAUAUCAUGUCAAUAUGACAUAUUCAACUUUUGCCAUAACUGAUAAAUAUCAUGAAAAAUUGUGUCAGAGUACUGAGUCAGAUGAAACUUUGAAAAUUCUAAAAAAAUAUUAUUAUGAAGGAUGGCCCAAAUCAAAAGAGAAAACGCAUGUUUUAGCGAAACCUUUUUGGAAUUUUCAAAAUGAAAUUCAUGAAAUUAAAAAUUUGCUUUUUAAAGGAACUAAAUUAAUUGUCCCAGUAACAAUGCAAAAUGAAAUUCUUCAAAAAAUACAUGAAGGUCAUCAGGGUCACAAUAAAUGUCUUAAUUUGGCUAGGGAAUC